AUGGGAACCGGUGGGAAAACGUCCAACGCUCACGUGAUCUCCGCCACGUGGCAUCACAAGCACGUGAGUCCUAUUGCCGACGAUUCUGAUCUCCGGAGAGGCAUCGGAGAGCUACUUUCGCGGUGGGGCGGGCUUCAGAUGGCCGUGAAGAAUCAAUGGGGAGGUCACGAUUCUCUCAAGAAAUCUCAAGAGCUUGUUCACCAACUUUUUAAUCUCUUAUCUCAAUCAAAUGUGAUUACGGUGGAAGAGAUAGAGAAUUAUCUACAUGAAAGCUUGCUUCUUUCUUUCAACACAGAGAUCGAAGAUGGCAGUAUUGAAGAGGUAGCUGAACAAUUGAUGAUACUCCAUGAAGAGCAUUAUUUGCGUGGGAGUCAUUAA